ACAGCGCUUUAGUGCGAUCUUGCGUAGCUAAUAGAACACGGCUUGUGCUAGCACAAGAACAAAAGAAACUACAGCCACAAGCACAGUUGCCUCUGCAGAAGACGCCGCAUUGGAUACCCUCACAGACGCCACAGACAUCAAACAGACUGUGCAAACCAUAAUGGCCGAGCCAAUGGCUGAAUUGAAACAGGAGGAGCAGCAACAGCAACAGGAGCUGGAGUUGGAGGUGGAGCAGCAGCUGGCCGAAGCUCAAGAUGCCGACACAAUGGCGCAUAAUGAGGAAACGGAAAUGCCGCUGCCAGACAGCGACAGUCAUAAUGCGUCGCAGCCCGAGUCCUUGGUGGCCAUUGAAAACUUUGGCGACGCAUUGGACGACGAGUUGGCCGCGCCACAAUCAGCGCAGCAGUACAGGGAGCGCGAGGAGCUGGAGUCCUCAGACGACGAAGAUGAGCAUGCGACGCCCGUUGAGAUGAGCGACACCUUUAACGAUGAAUGGGCGACACUGGAUGAGGAUGCCGCAACUUUUGCAGCUGCAGAUCCCGACAACGAUUUAAAUAAUCACAUUGACAUCUACGAGAACCUUGCGCCCGUGGAUCUCUCCAAUGAUAUUGCCGUUAACGAUAUAGCUGCCGCCAAUCCCAACUAUCCGUAUAAUCCAGAUGCCGAGCUAAUUGACUUGCCCGCAGCUGGCCGAGCGAUGCCCAAGUUUGAGAAAUUAUCUUUGUUGCCGCCAACGCCGACGACGCUGAUGAAGUAAACGCCGCAGCACAGCUAGCUUAGUUGCCUAAUCUUAAGUGUUUUAGAACUGUAAGCAUUCAUUUUCAUUGCUCGAAUAUAAUUCAAAACAUGCCCUAAGUGCAUCGAAAUACCUUAAGAGAGUUGAAAGAGCGCCCAUUAAAUUAUUAUCAAUAUCUGCAGUAAGUACGAGUAUUAAAUGCAUCCCAUACAUGCAUGCUAAUAUAUUUAUUGAUUCAAAAUAUAUAUCAAAACAGCAAAAACAUAC